UACUCCCACCCUACGUUUUAGUUACCGUUUCCUAGGCGGCUAACUCCAGUAACGAACAAACGCCAGUGUUGUAAAUUAAUGUUAGCUAAGGUUUUAAUCUAAUAUCCACAAUAUUGUGGCUGAUGUGACGUUACCGCGAAUUUCUACCCGUGGUCCUGAAACUAGCUAGACUACGAAAUAGAUAACGGGUUCUUAGCGCGUCAGCUAAUGAAAAAAAGAAAACCGAGCUAGCUAACAUUGGGUUUGAGCUUUAGUUGAAUGUAAGUGCACUACAAUGAGCUGCCCUCUCUCCUCUGCUCUCUGCUGGGACUGAGAAGCUGUCUUCACUUACGGCAGUCGAUGCAGUCUGCUACUGCGAGGCCAGUGGCUGAGUCCCCAGCAUGUCUCGUGUGUCCUCCACGGCUAAGCGCUAUGGCACCUCCUAUACCAGUCACUACAGCUCAUAUGGCUCCUCCCUGAUGCCCAGCCUGAGCUCGUACAGCGAGCGAGACAAGCUGCCCUACAAGAGCUCCUCGUCCGGCUACAGCUCGUCCAACUACCUGAGUUCCAGCCGCACGCGCAACUACAGCAGCUCGUCCGAGCCCGACAGGGGCCGGCCGAUCCCGCGCACCGACCUGCUGGGGGGCCGCCGCAGCGAGAGCCUUAGCCGCACGCCCGUCAAGACCUAUGGCAGCUCGGGCCUGAGCGGCGGCGCCGGUUACUCCAGCUACAGCUACUCGUCCCCCACGCAGUCCAGCUACCUCUCCACCUCGCCGCCUGUGGCCAGCGCCUCGUCCACCGCCGCCUCCUCCUCGGGCAUCUCGCUCAGCCGGCGCAGGUCGGUGAGCCAGAGCGACCUGUCGCGCGACCUCUCCCUGCUGGGCCUGAGCGAGUCCUCGUCCAGCAGCAGCAGCCUCAGGCAGGCCUACCGCAGUCGGGGCAGCGAGGCGGCUGACUCCUAUGGCACCAGCAGCACCAGCGCCCGCUCCAGCUACGGGCUGUCACGCAGCUCCACGCAGGACGCCAUCAGUAGUAGCAGCAGCAGCAGCGGCCUUAAGAGCAGCAGUGGCCGCUUCACCUCCUCCUGGGAGAGGAGCUCCAGUGGCCGCUCCAGCUCUCCAUCACGUGACUCCACGAACUCCAAGAGUGCCCAGGGCCUUGUAGGGCUUCGUAAUCUGGGGAAUACAUGCUUUAUGAACUCCAUCCUUCAGUGUCUUAGCAACACUCAGAACCUGCGUGACUACUGUCUGCACAACUCCCACCGCAGAGACCUCAACAACAACAACCGCACAAACACUGCUCUCAUGGAGGAAUUUGCCAAGCUCAUCCAGACUCUGUGGACGUCCUCAGGUAGCGAGGCGGUCAGCCCGUCUGAGUUUAAAACUCAGAUUCAGAGAUACGCGCCCCGAUUUGUGGGCUAUAAUCAGCAGGAUGCCCAGGAGUUCCUCCGCUUCUUGCUAGACGGGCUGCACAACGAGGUGAACAGGGUGACGGUGCGGCCGCGGGGCAGCACGGAAGACUUUGACCAUUUGCCUGAUGAAGAGAAAGGGAAGAAGAUGUGGAGCAAGUACCUUGAGCGAGAGGACAGCAAAAUCGUAGAUGUGUUUGUCGGCCAGCUAAAGAGCUCAUUGACAUGCACUGAGUGUGGCUACUGUUCCACGGUGUUCGACCCUUUCUGGGACCUCUCCUUACCCAUCGCCAAGAAGGGCUAUGGAGAGGUGAGUCUGAUGGACUGCAUGAGACUCUUCACAAAAGAAGAUGUGUUGGACGGAGAUGAGAAGCCUACCUGCUACAGGUGUAAGGCCAGAAGAAGAUGUACAAAGAAGUUCACUGUACAGAAGUUUCCUAAAAUAUUAGUGUUACAUCUGAAGCGUUUUUCUGAAGCCAGGGUCAGAACCAGCAAACUAUCCACAUUUGUAAACUUCCCACUGAAGGACCUGGACCUUAGAGAGUUUGCCUCUGGAAGCAGUGUUGAUGCAGUCUACAACCUGUAUGCAGUGUCUAAUCAUUCAGGCACCACCAUGGGAGGCCACUACACAGCCUACUGUCGCAACCCCACGUCAGGAGAGUGGUACACAUUCAACGACUCCAGGGUAACGCCAAUGUCCUCCAGCCAAGUACGCAGCAGUGAUGGCUACGUGCUGUUCUACGAGCUGGCCUCGUCCUCUCGCAUCUGAAGGGGCUCACGGGUGGGGCCGAGACGGCAGCAGAAACGGGAGCACAGGACCCUGGCCCCUUGGGGCACAUCACACACACACACACACACAGCAGAAACAGACACGCAAGAUCACGUGUAGAAGCACACACGCACACACACACGCACACACACACACACACACAUGCACACACACACACAAACACACUCAAGAGGCUAUUUCCACCCCCUGCAGAGAAGGCUGGAGCUCCCUCUGCUGGCUACCUUGAGGAAUAAAACGAACCUGCAUCUACUCCCCUCUCUCGAUCUCCUGCUCUCUCUCCCAGCUUUUUGGGGAGUAGUGUAACCAGAGGAGGCUGUUGGUGGCCUGUUGAAUUUGUGUAUGUGUGUGUGUGUGUGUUGGAGAUAGUGAGGGAGUGUGUUUGUGAAUGUGUGUGUGUGUGUGUAUGUGUGUGAGGGUAGCACACGGGGUAAUCUUCAGGCAGUAAACCCCCUGGAGGCUCCUUCUCAGAGUCCCCCCUCUAUGCACUGCAACAGAACUCUCAUCCCAACUGCGCCUUCUUCUUGUUCGAGAUCGCCUCAAUAUUAAAGACUUGUUUCACUUUUGAAGUUUUAUUUUAUUUUACUUUUUUUGUUUUUGGAUCUUUUGUUGUUGUUGUUGAUUUUUUUUUUAAGUGUUUGUACCCACCCCACCCCCCUCCCUUCCUGGAAGAUGGAACUGUUACCAUGCUCCUUAAUGGAAGUAGGGAAAGGUUGUGCCCUCUAAGCAACAGACUUCUCUCCAGGUGUUAUGAAACGACUGACAGUUUUUCUCUUGUAUACACUCCUGUAUUUAUCCUCCUUUCCCCCUGACUACCACAUCUGCUUUUCUUGUGGACACUUGUACAUGUGCAUGUUGUCCAGAAGACCCAUCACUCCUCCCUUUUCUUUUUUUGCUCCUAUUUUGCCCAUCUCUCCUCCAUAUACUCUCUUGAGGGCAAGAGGGAACAGAUCACAUGGUACACCUUGUAAAGUGUUUUUUCCCCUUUCUUUAUUUUUCUUCUUCUUUUCCUUGUCAGUGUGGCUGCUACUGAUCUUUCUGAAAUGCUGUGAAUGAAAGGACAAUCCAUUUCCAAACAAUAAUAAUAAUAUUCGUAAUAAUAAUAGUCUUGACAGUAUGGACUGGGUUGUCCUUGAUUUCAUGCCAUUGAACAACAUGGAUAGAAUGUUUGGAGAAAAAAAAACACUAUCUGUAUAUUUUUAUAUAUGAUGCAAUAUAGAGAAUGUACUAUACAGUGGUGCUGAAAAUGACCCCGUACUGUUUUCAGUUAAUUUAAAUGGUUUUAAAAAGAAAGGGUAUUUAUGCUUACAGCUGAUAAUGUGAUAUGUCACACUUUUUAACAGUUGCAGUCAAAAACAUUAAUAAAAAUUAUACAUAUAAAUAAA